UCCUGCUUGGAGCCGGUACGGUCGUGACUGCAAGUUAUGGAUAACUUUAGUGCAGUAUUUGCUGUAGGUGUGAUACUUCUUCACUUUUGUCAGAUUAAUUCACAGUGUUUAAAUGGAUGUACGUGUACAACUGACCGCCAUGGUAGGUCACUGCUGUGUAUGGACACUUCUUUAGACGGAAUCCCUGAAACUAUUCCCCAAGAUUUUACGAAGAUAAGGAUUGAGAAUGCACACUUCGCGGAAAUACCUCGGGGAACCUUCUCUAGAUUACAUGCUUUGGAACACCUUUGGCUGAAUUUUAAUGAAGUCAAUAUUAUUCACCUGAAGAGCUGGGAGGGAUUGAGAAAUUUGACAGAAUUAAGGUUACAAGGGAACAAACUACGGUCAGUACCAUGGACAGCUUUUGAAGACACGCCUGCUCUGAAAAUUUUAGACUUGAAACACAAUCGUUUAGAUGUUCUCCCAGAACACGCUCUGAAAUAUUUACCAAGUCUGACCUACUUAGACUUAUCCUUCAAUCAGCUUACAGUCAUAUCUAAAGAUGUCUUCUUAAAUUGGCCGCUUUACCACAAGGUGGAGGAAAAUGGAGAACAAGUGGCCAAUGUUGUCCUGGCACUGCACGACAACCCGUGGCUCUGUGACUGCCGCCUGAAGGGCUUCGUGGAGUUUGUCAGAGCAAUCAGCCCUCCAAUCAUUUUGAUGAACUCUUACUUGUCAUGUGCUGGCCCACAGCAGCGAGCCGGUCAUUUUUUUCAUGAGAUGGAAUUGAAGACCUGUAUGAAGCCAGUGGCCACAACAUCUGUUACCAACAUCAGUCUCCCAGCGGGCGGGAGUGUUACUCUCACAUGCUAUGCUAUGGCUAGACCAGAGCCUACUGUUUGGUGGACAUAUGGUCUCAAGAUAUUAAGAGGAUUUAAUGAGUCCCUCUCUCAGAUGGAUGACGACACCAUGAAAUCACAGCUAGCGAUCCCAUCUUUUCAGCUGGCUGAUCGGGGGGUAUACACCUGCACUGCUAACAAUUUUAUUGGAAACUCCUCAGUUAGCAUCCUGGUGGAUGUGAAGACACCUGCCAGCACCCCACCACUUUCCUCUGGGUUCCCUGCCGCAGCAGUGGAUGAGAAUGUGUAUAUUGACAUCCGUAUCGCCAAGCAAACAGUGUAUGGCAUCACUAUUGAAUGGUAUGCAGUCUUAGAAAAUCCUGCUGAGACCUGGUUCACUAUCCAUUUUGGGCAAUUUGACAGUGCCAAAAAGGACAUGAUCUAUAUCGGACCAGGCAUCAACAGCUACUCAGUUUCAGACUUGCUGCCAGCCACAAAGUAUGAGAUCUGUGUCACUCUUAAGAGCCAGGUGCCAAGGACUGGUCAGUGUAUUGUGUUUGUGACUGGAAAUGACAUCAGUGAGAUGGAGCAGAGGGAGAAGCUGAUCCACAUUGUGGUCAUUGUCCUCGCUAUGGUCCUGGCUGUUCCUGCAGGGAUGUAUGCCUGUACCACAGACAUCAAAUUCAACUGCUUUAAACGCCUCAAAAACUCAUGGAGGAAAUGGAAGUGGUCGUUGGCAGGGCUGGACAAAUCCAGUGAUGGACAGGGCUCAUUCGACAGCCUCCAGGCGGCCAGCGAUGAGGGCCUUUGUAAGGACUCCAGCGAGGAGAGGAAGCCCCGGAGGAGAUCUGACGCUGCUAAUGAUGACCAGAGUCCCUCAGCUGAGGUCUAUUAGCGCAGCGUAAAGUACGCAACAGGUGACGUUGGUGUCACUGCCCGAUCCGUUCUGCGUAGGCACAGUAGCUUAACGUGUUUUACGACUGUUCACAACACUACCUGAUCAGUUCUACGCUUGCACGAUUAUUUAUAUUCGUUGACACACCGUUGACAUGUGUGUACACUACAGAAACUAGGCAAAAGAUGGCAUCCAUGGAGGAAUGCUGUUUAAGUUAUAAAGAAAGGACACCUUCAUAUUGAUAAUAAAAUAAUCAACAUAGACUGCACCUUACUUUCACAUUUAACGGAAACUUUUAAAUUAAUCUGUCAGUAGCCUACCAGAUCCAUACCGCCUGCCUGAUCCGUUGCACGCAUAAUUGCUGGUGUUUCUACGCAUACUGUAAUAUGAUGGUCAAUAAGUGAAGUGUUAUGGCAUAGCCCUGGUGGUCAGUCACAAAGGGGAGUGUGGAGAAGACAGGAGGUUUGCAGUGACAGAAAGACUCGGACACAUGUAACCAAAAUGGUGUAUAUUUUGUGACAUGUAACAACUCUUUUAUUUUUUUGGAUUGGCCAUUACUAUGCAACUACUGUAUGCGUAGAACGGAUCGGUCAGGCUGUAUGGAUCAGGUAGGCUACUGACAGUUGGCAUGCCUUUUCAGAAUUCUGUGAAAGCCUUCCCCACUUGUCUUUUACACAGAUUUGAUCCAGCUGAGGUUGUGGUAUUUGAUGACAUUAAAAGACAUUUCAUUGACUUGCUGUGUAACCCCCCUACAUAAUGAUUUCAGUAUGUUUUUCCUGUUCACUAUUGACUCCAGCAACUGAAGAUGACAUAAUUAGUAAAGCUGCUAAAAGCAGAGAGAUUAUGGUUUCUUAAGCAUUUCAAAACAUGAAACUUUUAUUAAAGCCAUGAUGGACUUGAUUGAACAAGGAAACUGAAACAUGGGGCAUCCUUUGUGUAGAUGCUCUGCGUUGGCACUGAUGGGUUUAUUACCAGAUAUUAUUUCUUACAAAGUGUUGUCCAUCUGUGUGUGAGUGUUGAAAUCUUUAUCUCUUAAAAUACAAGAGGUUCACAAACAUCAAUCAGUCUGUUGUGAACUCAACUAUGAUAUAUAUUUGAAAAUGUUGUUUAAAAUACUGCCCAAACUUCACACAGAGGAAUGAUGAAAAAGAAAGGUUGGACAAUGGCUUUUGAUAAUCAUCUAUAAUCAUGUACUUUCCAGUGAUACAAGUUGUAUGAAAUAAAUAAUUAAAUAAUUCAUUCUCCAGUCCUGAGUGUAAUAUGAACCACACUGUGCAAAUUAAAUGGGUGUAGUAUGCGAUUAAUUACAAUACUGUAUGUAAUUACAAGCAUAAUACUGUAAAUAUUCACUAGGCCUAUAUGUCACUAUUGAAAAGAUAAAACUAUCAAUAUCCAUUGUAUAGCAAAACUAAACCAUUCAUCAUAAUGCUUGUUAUUUUUCUAUUUUACAGUAUAUGCUGUUCAAUAUGCAUUUAUAUUGUGUAAGCACAUGAAAUAAAAAACAAUAAAUGGAAA